AUGUAUCUCCAAUUCUAUAUUAACGAAAAUGGCGACAAAGUUUACACCACAAAGAAAGAAACACCCCUAGGUUUGGCCACAGAAUCUGCUCAUCCCGCCCGUUUUUCCCCGGACGACAAAUACUCAAGGCAGAGAGUUUUACUCAAGAAACGUUUCGGUUUGCUGCCAACACAACAACCACCGCCAAAUAGUAAGCAGAGCAGGGGUAAAACUGGAAUACCACAAUACGUCACGCCUGUAGACUUUGGUCUCUUUAAGCUAUUACAGCUCUACCUCAAAACUCUGCUCUCAGUCACUGGGAACGAAGACUCGCAAAUUCUCAUCUACAGCAUGGCGCGGAAUUUAGGAUUUAUGAUUGUGGGACUGUUGGUGUUGGCGUGGAGAUGUGAAUCGGCCGUGUUCGGUCCGGUGUCGGAAUCUCAUCGAUCAGCGGCAUUGGAGCUUUUUCGUACUUCAGGCGAUGGAUCUUUUGGAAGCCUGGAGGAUGCGUACGAGGCAUUAAAGACAUUUGAGGUUCUUGGGAUUAAAAAGGAGUCUGAUGUUAAGACUUCUGCUUGUGCAUCUGUAGCAAGCACCCUAUUGUCUACUUCUUCCACUGUGAAGGAUUUAUUUCAUGCUCUAAAAGUCAAUGGCAUACUGAAGUGUGAGCUCAAGAAAGAGGCUUUUACGGGGGCUGAAGCUAAACUGACAGGUUCUCUGAAUGCUGCCGAUUCACUUCUUGAUUAUUAUUAUUCCAUAGGAGGUCUAGUCCUUUUGAAGGAUCAGACUUCUGAAGUUGAUGUACACCUCAAAGAUGCUGAUAAAAUAUUUCGCUCUAUCAAGUCUCUGAGUCAGAGUGAUGGGAGGUGGCGCCUUAGUUCAAACAACCCAGAAUCUAGUAAUGAUGCUGCCGGUAUAGCCCUGGAAGCCCUGGCUGGAGUUAUUUCUUUAGCAUCUUCUGAGAUUGAUCAUUCUCUGAUUGCUACUUUGAAAAAUGACAUUGUGAAGCUUUUUGAUGGUAUUGAAAAAUAUGAUGAUGGGACUUGUUAUUUCGAUGAGAAGCUUGUUGAUGCGCAUAGCCACCGAGGUCCUCUUUCAGCUUCUGCAUCAGUAGUCCGUGGAAUCACAGCUUUUGUGGAAGUCACCAACGAAAAUUUAAAUCUUCCAGGGGAGAAAAUUUUGGGUUUGGCAAAGUUUUUCCUUGGUGUUGGAAUUCCUGGGAGUGCCAAAGACUUGUAUUACCAAAUUGAUGCGUUGGCAUGCUUGGAAAACAUUAGGGUAUCAAUUCCUCUUGUUUUGUCACUUCCAGCCACUGUCCUUUCGGUGACCAAGAAAGAUCAACUUAAGGUUAGGGUCAGUACUGUGAUGGGUUCAUCUGCUCCGCCUCUGUCUGUGAACCUCAAGCAGAUAUUUGUGUCUGGCUCUAAGGAUGCUUCUAUCAUUAACCAGAAGCUGAAAUUUGACCCUGAGAAUGCAGUGCAUGUCUUGAAAACAUUGCCUACAGAUGUUGAUGUUGGAAAAUAUAUUUUUUCUUUUGAGAUUGUAUUUGAGGAUCCAGAACAUAAGAAAAGCUAUGCUACUGGAGGGAGGACAAAAGUACCUAUUCAUGUGACUGGAGACAUUAAGAUCGAGAAUGCAGAGAUUGAAAUACUUGACAGUGACUUUGGGAGUGUGGAAACUAAGACUAAGCUGGCUUUACCAGGAGAGAACUCUGUUGCUCUGUCUGCUAAUCACCUCCAGAAGUUGAAGUUGACCUUUAGCUUGACUAGUCCAUUUGGAAAUGCCUUCAAGCCUCAUCAGGCAUUCCUCAAGCUGAGACAUGUAAGUGGAGUUGAACACAUCUUUUUGGUGGGGAACUCGGGGAAAAAAUCUGAGAUAGUACUAGAUUUUCUGGGUCUGGUUGAGAAAUUCUUCUAUUUGUCUGGGAGAUAUGACAUUCAACUUACAGUUGGAGACUCAGUCAUGGAAAACUCUUUCUUACAAGCUCUGGGUCACAUUGAAUUGGAUCUUCCUGAUGCACCUGAAAAGGCUGCCCGGCCUCCUGCACAACCUGUUGACCCAUACUCUAGAUAUGAGCCUAAGGCAGAGAUAGCUCACAUUUUCAGAGCUCCAGAAAAACGUCCCCCUAGAGAGCUUUCACUUGCUUUCUUGGGCUUAGUUCUCUUGCCAUUUUUCGGUUUCUUGGCUGGGCUUGUGUACCUUCGUGCUAACCUCAAGAAUUUGCCCAAGUCUACUGUUCCCGCGACUUUUGCCAUUCUCUUCCACAUGGGCAUUGCUGCAGUUCUCACACUCUACGCGCUCUUCUGGUUCAAGUUGGAUCUGUUCACAACAUUGAAGGCACUGGGUGUACUGGGAAUGUUCUUGAUGUUUGUCGGGCACAAGACGCUUUCCUAUCUUGCAAACACAUCGGCCAAGUUGAAAUCUGCGUAA